AUGGCGGCGGCGGCGGCGGGUGCCGGCGGCCGGGCCGCGGUGCGGGGGCGGCGGCGGCGGGGCCGGCCCGCGGCCCAGGAGGAGCAGGAGGCGGUGGUGCUGUCGGUGGCCGAGUGCCCGGUGUGCCGGCAGGCGCUGGUGGAGGCGGUGACGCCGCCCUGCCGCCACUCGCUCUGCCUCUCCUGCUUCCAGCGCUGCCUGCAGGGCCCGGGCCUCUGCUGCCCGCUGUGCCGCAGCCGCCUCUCCACACGGGCCCGGCGGCAGCAGGCCGAGCCCGCAGCCACCACGGCCGCCGGAGCAGCGGGCGGGGAGCAGCGGCCGCCGGAGCAAGACUUUAUAUUCAGAGCACCCAUUAAAUUAAGCAAAACAGGAGAACUCCGAGAAGAAUAUGAAAGCCAGCUAAGGAAGCUGAGAGAAGAGAAACUGCAAGAAGAAAAGACACCUGAGGAUCUGAUUCACAAGUUCAUCCUAGAUGACAUGGACGUAGGGAAAAGAAGAAUGGAGGACCAGCAGAAAAAAGAUGAAUCUGUGGUGCUGAAAGGGAACCAGGACUGUUUUCCUGAGCGUCUCUCGGAUUCCGAGAAUGAGGAACCAUUCCAGGGCAAGCAAACACACCGCUCAGCUUUUGUUUCCAAGACCAGUGCUUACUCCUUUGCUUUCCUUUCAGGGAAUUUAACCUCCAAGGUGGAGAGGAGCCGGAGCUGCAACGACACCAUUCAGGAGAGAUCCAAGAGCAGGCAGAGAUCAGCCCCAGCCACCAAAGCAAAGGUGCUGCCGGCGGCGGGCGGCUCGGCGCCGCUGCUGGGGGUGCUGUCGUGCGCGCAGAACCACCGCUGCCUGUCGGCGCCCGAGCUGACGGCCGAGCGGCGCCUGCUGCUCAGCGCCGCCUCCUCGCUGUCGGCCCUGCACCGGCCCGAGCGCUCCAUCAGCCCCGAGAGCAACGACAGCAUCUCCGAGGAGCUCAACCACUUCAAGCCCAUCGUCUGCUCGCCGUGCACGCCGCCCAAGAGGCUUCCCGACGGCAGGGUGCUGAGCCCCCUCAUCAUCAAGUCCACCCCCAGGAACCUGAACCGGAGCCUGCAGAAGCCGACCACCUACGAGGCCAGUCCUAGAAUACUGAAGAAAUGGGAGCAGAUAUUUCAGGAGCGUCAGAUCAAAAAGACUCUCUCUAAAGCGACCCUUACGUCCUUGGCUUCGGAGCCUGGGGAAGACGUGGUGGUUCCUGACAUCACCAACUCCGGCGGUUGCCCCAAAGAGCAGCCGCAAGCUCAGGAGGAUCACCUUCCACCUGACACAGCAGCAGAGCCUCGCCCCGAGCUGGAUUUCCUCCCUUCUGUCAGUGAGGAGAAGCUGGGGAGGGGGAGUGAGAAGAGCAGGGGCUCACAGGCCUUAGCCACUGAUGACGGUGCUGCUGAGCCAGACGUGAGAUCGAACGUAACCUCCCUAAACACACGGGUGGCUGAAGUCCCCGACCUAAAAGUGAACACGUUCAUGGACAAAUCCUGCCUCGGCCUGGGCCCCAAAGUGCUGAGCAGGAGACUCAUGGGCAUCAGCGCCUCGCUGCCCGACAGCAGCACGCUGGGAGUGCCCCUCAAGCCGCCGGGGAAGAAGCAGCUGAAAUACCUGAACAGCAGCGAGCUGCUGCACGUGCAGAACAGCACCUGCAGCUCCGUGGAGAACCUCCUCGGGGAGCAGGCACCGCUGCUGCGCCGCGGCCGCAAGAGACGCUGCAAAACGAAGCACCUGGAGCACAACGGCUCCGUCAAAAGACUGAGGCACGUGGCCUCAGGGGAGGCGGGCCUGCCCCCCGAGGUGCGGGACGUGGAGCAGAAGCUCCAGCAGGAGGAGGAGGACAGGAGGCUGGCCCUGCACCUGCAGCGGAUUUUCGACAGCGAGAACAGGACGGUGGAGAGGCGGAGAGUCCGCGUGGAUCGGUACCUGCUGCGCUCCAAGAGCACUCUGGGGGCCAAGUAGCACUGCUGGGCCAUGCUGCCUUUCUAGAGGACAGUGAGGUUUAUCAGAUCUUCUUAGAGGAAAACUAUUUUUUGCCCUACUUCACCCACACAGUUGUUUUUCAUUUUGGUGGUAAGACAUUUCCAGGUCCAGUUCAGAGAGAAGCCAGCGUCCUUUCAGGUUUAAAAAAAAAAAAAAGAGAGAGAGAAUGAGAAAAAAGAAAUCCUCUGGUCCGUUGGUCUGGAGGAAUUGUCUGUGAUCCCUGUGAAUACACUGCAAGGCCUCCACAGGCAGGCAGGCACACCUGGGAUCCCCAGCUAGGAGGGGUGUGAGUGUGUGGGGUAUGAGGACCAUGCCUUGCCAAGAGAAAUCUGAGCUCUGCUCAUAGAAAUUGCCUGAGAGUCUUCUCCUCUCUGCCUGCCCCAUUUUCUCCCUCAGGCUGCAUCUGGCUGUGGGGUCAGCCUCUUACCCCUGCUCUGUAUUUCUCCUGGGGAGUCCUAAACAGAGCCCCCCUGUAGUACUUCCAAAUGAAUGUAUCUCACUGUCUGCAGCAGCAGCAGCACAGAUCAUUUGUCACUUUUUUUGAAGCAGAAAGCCAAAUGCAGUGAAAAGAAAGACCUAAAAUAGGGAUUUUACUGAAAAACCUGCCCCUGCACCAGCUUCCUGGCUUCAGGCUCAAACCACUAAGAAAGCUCAGGUGAGUGAUGCACUACAAACUUCCAGGCAUGAAGCUGCCUGGAGCAGAGCUGGCUCAGAGCCUGGGCUUGGUGGAGCUUGUGUUCUCUGCCCAGAUGUGGCAGGCCACCCUCUGAGUGUUUCUAACCCUCUUCCAUGUAUUCAUUUCAUGGAUUAUUUCCAUAUUGACAUAGCUCAAAAAGUACCUUUCCAGCUCAGCCAGUGGCAGCUGCCUUGCAGAGUAUUCACAGGGACCCUUGUCUGGGGCAGGGGUUGUGGCUUUACCUGUCCUGCCCCCCCGUGUGCCAGGUGGCAGGGCUGUUCUUGGGAUGAGCACAGUGCAGGGGCAAACUUCCCUAUGGAUCCUGUGGAGGGAGGGCAGCCAGGCACAUAAAUAGGCAGAUCUGCCCCAUUUCCUCUAUCUGAAAUGGCUGCAUUUCCUCCCUCCAUCCUAAACAGUCAAAAAGAAAACAGGAACUGGUUUUCUUUUUCACUGCAAGGACCCUGGCAGGCUCUUUUUUCCCCCUAGUUGAACUGGAUUUAAAAAAAAAAAAAACAGGAAAAAAAAAAGAAAAAAGAAAUCUUAUAUUUUAUUGGGUAAAAUUUAUAUAUUUUAAAUACUAUAUUUCAACAGAUCGACACUUUUGUUUUGAGAAAUCUUAUAGCAAUGAUUCCAUAAUAUAUAUCUCUAUCUCUGCAUCUCCUUGCCACACAAACCACUGGAUGGUUCAGGCUGUACCUGGGGCUGGUGGCACCGGGCCUGCCCUGCCUUCCUCUCCUGCACCACAGCCUGGCAGGUGCUGCUCCAAGAGGAGCUUUGGACCCAAACCAAAACCUGCUCCUCUGUCCAGCUGCGAGUUAGAAGGAAAUUAAGGAAUUAGAGCCUUGGCUGGGCCCAGAAGAACAGCACAGAGAGAAGUAGUGAUGGCCUGGGUCUGCCCGGGGAGCUCAGGAGGGAAAGCCACAGCUUUAACUCGGGAUCCGUGCUGGUUUUCCCAACAUUCUGAGCUGUACAAUGCACUUCCCAGGUGCAUUCAGAUUUAGAAUUCUUUUUGCAGGCCCCCUUUUCUGCAGCUCUUCCCUGGAGCCCCAAACAGACUUCCCUAAACAGUUUCCUUUUUUCUCGUGGUGUUUGUGGAGAUUCAGCUGGGGCUGGGCUGCUUACACCACAAAAAAAUCUAAUUACACGCUGAAUGUAUCUUUUCUUCCCCCUCUUGAAACAGAUUUCACAGCCCAAUGCACUAUGCCAGUGUCUUAAAUACCUUCUUUGGAAAAGAUUUUAUAAAUGUUUAGGGGUUUGUGCGGUAAUUUCCUGAUCCCAAAUCCAAGCUGGGCAGAAGUGUAGGAGGCAGUGCCUGGGCUGGAGCUUGUCCCUGGCCAUAAAAAGCUUCAUGGGACCCCCAGAAGAGAGAUCCCAGCUCCCCAGGCCACGGCAUCUACGUUCAAGGAGACCUUUGGAUGUGCAAUCAGUCCUGUCCUGGAAGGGCUGCGGCGACGCAAAGCCAGGAUGAAUGUUCUAUUAAUUUAUCACUCUCCAAGUCUGUGUAAGCUUGCAAAAACCAACAAAAAUUGUAAAUAUUUACACUCAAAAGAGCAGGAGCACCCAGCCUCUCCCCUGUAAAGGUCAGGAACGACAACACCUUUGGCAGAAAUCAUGCCAGCCGAGAAGGAAGAUGCCUCCUGCUGAACGGUGGAUGCAGCACGAGAUCAAACCAAGUAUUUAUUCACGCUCCUCUGAAAGUCCUCUGUGGCCCUCAGCUGCCUUCCCUCCGGGAUGAAGGCAUUCCUGGCUGGCUGUGGGGCAGCACGGGCGUGGGAGUGUCCUCCCAAAGUGUCUCCUGCGGAGGGGCUGGGGUUGGUUCCCUGACAGAGGGAUUGUCUGCCAAAGAUGCACCGGCUCCCAGACAGCUGCUUUCCCACCCUCGGGAGCUCUGUGCCCGGGAAAAGCCGUGCAGGAAGGCCUGUGCUCGGAGUCAGCCAGAUGAGACAAACGAAGGCAAAGUGCCAAAAGGGAUCGUGCCAGGUGAUUGAUUGUAUGACGUUGUUCUAUAUUGUCAGUAUUUCUCUUCCAAUGCUCUUGUACAUGCAGUGCACAGCAGUCACGAAGUGUAGCUUGAACAAGCGCUUCUUUGCAUUUUCUCAGCGCAAGCAGAGGGGGAGAUCCAAGCCUUAAAGACUCUCAGAAAACAAGCCUUUAGCAAUGCUGCGAGGGCGGGACAGCCCUGUCCUGUCUCCCGUUGUCCGGCAGAGAGCUCGUCCCACGGCCGAGGGGAGGCGUUUCGGCUGGGGCACACGCGACACAGCGCACCCGCCGUCCCUGCUGGAGCCCCACGGGAUGUCACCAGCGUGGAGCUGGGCUGGUCCCCGUGUGCCACCCGCGCCUGGCACUGCCCUGUGCCUGUGAAACAGCCACGCACCCCAGCCAGCUCCUCCCCGUGCGCACGGGAGAGCCGCGCUGGGCUCCGCGGGGUCGCUGGGGAGCUCUCACGGCCUGGCUGUCGCUGCACUUCCCUCGGUCACGCUUUAAACCCUCGUGCUUUGUGUUCCCCCUGGCCAGCAGAGCUCCGGCUGGCUGCGGGCUCUGCUCUGCUCCCCGCCGAGCCCCCGUGUCACACGGAGGCACAGGCAGGCACCCCAGGACCGACCGCUGGCGUGCAUGUGUGAGGUGUGCGAGUGGAAUGACAUGCAGGCGUCUGUCAUGUUGUGGCUUCUGUUGUUCGAAACAGAGUAAACCCUGCUCGUGAAACAAUUGUCACAAACCAGAAAUACGCCGACAAAUGUGUACAAAUAACAGUGUUUGUUUUAACAGCAACCGGGACUUGAACUGCAGGGCAAAGGCCGAGGUUCAAACAGAAUAAAAGCAGAUUCUGACAGUGAAA